CUGACGUAACCAGGCGCAUGCGCGGAACGAUCGAGUCUCGGGUAGUUCUUCGUGUUUCGUGUUCUCAAGUAGUACGUACAUGUAAACAUAUACAGGUAUGUCGUGUAGUAGAGCAAACAUCGAUUAAUAAUUGUUUCUUUACGGACACAUUAGCGUGGUUGCACUUUGUUGCGUCCUUGGCUUCGCUAAUUUAGCUUGCUAGUUAGCUUAGCUUGCUAGUUAGCUUAGCGUGUUAGCUGCUAACAAAGAGACGCGGACGUUAUCAACACAUCGCUAAGUAGAGCUCAAAUGUGAGUGUGAGGUGUUGUGAUUGUGUGAAAAUGUGCGAAAGAACGAUAGCGGAGUGCGAAGAGGAACUUCAUAGAACAAAAGAGGAGAACUAUCAACUACUGGACGCUGUUUUCAAGAAACAUCAAGUUGUGUUACACAUAACAGAACAUCUUCCGUCCCCCCGCAUUAAAGAGGAAAAAGAGGAGCAACAGCCCCCCUGCUUUAAAGAAGAAAAGGAGGAGCCACUGUCUCCUCUUAUUAAAGAGGAAGAGAAGGUGUCUCAGCCCCCCUACAUUAAAGAGGAGGAGGAAGAACACAGCAUCAGUCAGGAGGGAGAGCAUCUUGAAGGACCGGAAAAGUCCCCAGUGACUGGUGUCCCUGUGAAGAGUGAAGAUGAUGAGGUCAAAUGUGAAAAUGAGGAGAUGGGAGGGGCUGAGCCUCCAACACAACACAUGACAACAGAAGCUGAUGGACACCACUGUGGAGGAUCACAAUCAGACUCGCUCUUAGCUCCACUAUCAGAUAGCGACGCCGCAACGCCGCACCUCGACGCAAACACGGACUCUCACUUGAGAACGCACGCCAGAGGAAAAAUGUUCAGUUGUUCCGUUUGUGGUACACAAUUCUCUCAGAAGCUAACCAUGCUGGCGCACGCGAGGACGCACACGGGAGAGAAACCUUUCAGUUGCCCGGUCUGCGGCAAGCGCUUCACGCAAAGGGCGCACAUGCUGUCUCACGCCAGGACGCACACAGGGGAGAAACCUUUCUGUUGCUCGGUCUGCGGCAAGCGCUUCACGCAACGGGCGCACAUGCUGUCUCACGCCAGGACGCACACGGGGGAGAAACCUUUCUGUUGCACGGUGUGCGGCGGCGCGUUCGCGCAGACCUCCUCUUUGAAUCGGCACAUGAGGACGCACACCGGAGAGAAACCCUUCGUUUGCUUGGACUGCGGCAAGAGCUUCUCCCAAAAGGUGAACAUGCUCUCGCACACGAGAACGCACACGGGAGAAAAACCUUUUAGUUGCUCGGUGUGCAGCGUCGCAUUUUCUUUCUUAUCUUCUUUGGAUCGACACAUGGAGAGGCACCUGCUAACAAAGCGAACCGGAAGUUGUUUAAACAUCGCUAAACGGAGAUCAAGUGUGAGUUUAAAGUGUUGUGAUUGUGUGGAGAUGUGCGAAAGAACGAUGGAAGAGAACGAGGGGGAACUUUCUAGAACAAAAGAGGAGAAGGAGCGACAACAUCAACUCCUGGACGCUUAUUAUAAGAAACAUCAUCAAGUUGUGUUACACAGAACAGAUGUCAGUGAAGAACAUCUUCCACUCGAGCCACAGCCCGCCCACAUUAAAGAGGAAGAACACGAGUGGCAGCCCACUCGCGUUAAAGACGAAGCAGACGAGCCACGGCCCCUUUGUUUUAAAGAGGAGGAAGAGGCGGAGCCACAGCCCCCGCACAUCAAAGAGGAAGAGGAGGAACACAGCAUCAGUCAGGAGGGAGAGCAUACUGAAGGACUGAUGUUUCCAGUGACUGGUGUCCCUGUGAAGAGUGAAGGGGACGAGGUCAAAGGUGAACGUGAGGAGCAGAAAGGGGCGGAGCCUCCAACACAACACCUGACAACAGAAGCUGAUGGAGACAAACUCUUAGCUCCACUAUCAGAUAGCGAGGACACAACCUCACACAAUAAUGCAUUGGAAAAACCUUGCAGUUGCUCAGUGUGUGGCCACGCCUUUUCUCAAAUGUCCUCUUUGCACCGACACAUGAGGACGCACACGGGAGAAAAACCCUUCCGCUGCCCGGACUGCGGCAAAAGCUUCUCGCAGAAGGUGACCAUGGAGUCGCACGCGAGGACGCACACCGGAGAAAACCCCUUCCGCUGCGCCGUGUGCGGCAACGCCUUCACCCAGAUGUCCUCGCUGCGGCUGCACGCCAAAACGCACACCGGCGAGAAACCCUUCCGCUGCUCGCACUGCGGCAAGCGCUUCACGCAGAGGGCGCACAUGCUGUCGCACGUGAGGACGCACACCGGGGAAAGACCGUUCAGUUGCCCCGUGUGCGGCAAGACGUUCGCUCAGACGUCCACUUUGAAUCAACACCUGAAGACGCACACGGGGGAGAAACCUUUCACUUGCUCCGACUGCGGCAAAAGCUUCACCCAAAAGGUCACCAUGCAAGCACACAAGAGAACGCACACGGGAGAGAAACCUUUUAGUUGCUCGGUUUGCGGUAAGGCUUUUUCUUUCUUAUCCUCUUUGGAUCGACACAUGGAGAGGCACUGAUGGUCGGCCUGAUGUGACAUGGGUGUGGUUUUUCUUCUGUAUUUUGUAUAAAUCUAUCAUGCACACAGUUAGGCUUUGUCCCCUCACAUGUUUUUAGUUUCACACUUCACCACGGCCAAAGUAGAGCAAAUAUAAUCACACUCCUUUUUUUCUGUCAUAGAAUUUGUGAACACAUUUUCUAUUCCUGAACUCUAACUAAUGAUGGAAUAUGUCACAUUUUUAAUGAGGUUUAAAAUGUUUAUCAGGAUUCUUCCUUCUAUUUUGUUAGCACUUUGCGUUUGAGCUCUUAUUUAAAGUGGGUCAUGUUACUACAUUGUUUAUUUAUUCGUCCCAUAAUUGUAUUCCACUUGCUGAUAUGCUAAAGGUUUUAAGUGUUGUACGUGCAUACAAAUGUAUAUUUCUCCUCUUUUGUUGGGAGGAAUUGUUGUAUAUUCUUGGCUAGCAGGUUGUAGUUUGCUUUGCACAUCAUUUUAGAUGUUUGCAAAUGCACCAAGUCAUUGAAUUUCAAUAUUUUCGAUUCAAUAAGAAAAGUGUCUGUUAUUCUAACUGUCCUAUUUUGUAACUCGGAUAGUGAAUGAAGUGUACCAUAUUUCUGCACAACAACUUGAAAAUGGUAACACUGGCGAGCAGUAGAGAAUAUGGAGUGACUUUUGGUCCAGAAUACAUUUUGGUUUAUUGUUUACUAUUUCUUGCCGCCUUUUAUUGUACAUUUUUAUGAGACUUUGUCAUUUAAUGAUCUAUUAUCACACCCAACAACGUGGUUUCUUUUACUCUUUCAACGUCUACUCCGUCUGUUUGUAUUUGUGUUGGACAGUCUGAAUAUUUUUGGUCCCAGUAUUGACUCCUGGGGUACACCGCAAUUUUAGUUUGAAGUUUGUCCCUGCCACAUAUCAAUGGUUAUACAUUCUUAAAGGGGAAUUGUUUUUGUUUAUAUUUAGGAUUUUAUAGACUGUAGAAAAACGCUUGCAAGAUGCGGCUAAUGGAAGUCAGCCAUGUAGCCUUCAAACUCUUCAAAGUACUUCUUCUUUCUUACUAAAUUGUUUCUAUUUGGACAGAAAAAAAAGUAUGUAAUGCAUGAAAGUGCAUAUUUCUUAAUUUUGUAAUAUUAUCUUCUCAUGCACCAAAUGUUAGAUUAUUAUUAGAGGCGGGAAUCUUCAGGCCCUUCCUAAUUCGAUCCGAUUCUUGGGGUGAUGAUUGGAUUCGGAGUGGAUUCUCAAUUAAACACGACACUGGAUUUUAAUUUUUUUUAUUUCUUAUUAUUCAUUUAUUAAUUACAAGUUACACAACAUGAAGUAUUGUUUUGGAUUCAUUUUUAGAUGUAUUUCGAGGCUCACUGAGUUGCUAGCCGCCUAGAACGAGCCUACUAAUGUUACAAAGGAGAAUGCAAGAACGUCUUUAUGUCUCUCACAAGGAUCGUGGAGGAGAAGCAACAUUUCAGAUGUGUGGUGAAGUUCCCCUCUAAGGCAGUGGUCCCCAACCUUUUUGUAGCUGCGGACCGGUCAACGCUUGAAAAUUUGUCCCACGGACCGGUG